AUGCCCUCAUUCGUGUACUCCCAACUUUUCGUUCGCCCAUCCUACCCCGAGGGAUCCCUAGAUGGCCAGACAAUCCUCAUCACCGGUGCCAACGUUGGUCUUGGAUUUGAAGCUGCUCGCCAUGUCGUCCGUCUCGGCGCCUCUCGCGUUCUCCUAGGAGUGCGCAAUGUCCCAGCUGGAGAAGAAGCCAAGAAAGAGAUUGAAGCCUCAACCAAGCGCCCCGGUGUUUGCGAAGUAUGGGAGGUAGAUCUCGCCUCAUACGACUCUGUCCUGGCCUUCGGAGACCGAAUUUCCCAGCUGCCUCGUCUUGAUGCCGCUAUUCUGAAUGCAGCAAUUGCUACCGAAAACUUCCAACUCGCCGAGAAUUAUGAGCGAACAAUCACCGUCAACGUCAUCAGCACCUUGCUCAUGGGACUUCUCAUUCUCCCAAAGCUCAAGGCUACCAAGAAGGAAGUACCUUCUAGCCACCCUCACAUGGCAUUCACCGUCAGUGAGGUGCACGCAUGGGUGCAAUUUGACGAAUGGAAGGAGAAGAACACUCUUCAAGUCAUCUCCGACCCAGCUAAAGCUAAGAUGGGCGAGAGGUAUCCCUUGUCGAAGCUUCUAGAGGUUCUGGUGGUACAAGAGCUUGCUGGGCGAGUGCGUGGCUCUGAAGUCAUCAUCAACAUGGUGAACCCUGGUCUUUGCCAUUCACAAUUGGGUCGAGAGGCAGGCUGGGGACUUUGGUUGCUGAAGCAAGGUCUGGCUCGCUCGACUGAAGUUGGAUCACGCACACUUGUUGCUGGUAUCCUGUCCGGCCUUGAGUCCCAUGGCGCGUACAUGUCUGAUGGAAUUGUUCAAAACACAAUGUUAUCCGAAUUUGUGCGCAGCACAGAUGGAGCUAAGGCUCGUGAGAAGGUCUGGAAUGAUGUGACUACCGUUCUCGAAGGGCUGCGACCUAAGAUCUUAGAGAACAUCUAA